GGAUAGUGACAGAGAGAAAAAGAGAGAACAAAAAAAUAAAAAAAAAUAAAAUAAUAAAAAAAUUUUUAGCUCUGAAAUUUUAUGGGUGAAUGAGCAACAAUCAAUGUUUGUUGGACAAGUUGGUCCACGGUGGUGGAGUUUAUUUGAAUUUAUAAGUUAACAAAAUGAAUAAUUAAGUAUUAAUAAUAUUUUAAAUAAUAAAUAUAAGUAAAUAUUUAAUUUGUGUGUGGCAUUAUGUACUUGUAAAAAAUGGCGGUGUGAAAUGGCAGGACGACGUUCUGUAUUGACAAAUGCUGAGUCCCUGUCAGGAUCAAAUUCACAAGAUCCACUCAGGGAGCUAUUUGAAGCAUGUAAAAAUGGUGAUUUAACUAGAGUUAAAAAAUUAGUCAAUCAAAAGACUGUUAAUGCUCGUGAUACUGCUGGCAGAAAGUCAACCCCACUGCAUUUUGCAGCUGGAUAUGGAAGAAGAGAUGUUGUAGAAUUUUUGUUGUCAACUGGAGCUUCAAUUCAAGCAAGAGAUGAUGGAGGUUUACAUCCACUUCAUAAUGCCUGUUCUUUUGGACAUUCUGAUGUUGUAAGACUGCUAUUAGAAGCUGGUGCAAAUCCAAAUACAAGAGACAAUUGGAAUUACACACCUCUUCAUGAAGCUGCUAUUAAAGGAAAAAUAGAUGUUUGUAUAGCACUAUUACAACAUGGAGCUGAUCCGAAUAUUCGUAAUACAGAAGGUAAAACAGCACUUGAAUUAGCUGAUCCAGCAACAAAGCCUGUGUUAACUGGUGAAUAUCGUAAAGAUGAAUUAUUAGAAGCAGCUAGAUCUGGUAAUGAAGAAAAAUUAUUACAAUUAUUAAAUCCAUUAAAUGUAAAUUGUCAUGCAAGUGAUGGACGUAGAUCAACACCAUUACAUUUAGCUGCUGGUUAUAAUCGUGCAAGAGUUGUACAAUUAUUAUUACAAAAUGGUGCUGAUGUACAUGCUAAAGAUAAAGGUGGUCUUGUACCAUUACAUAAUGCAUGUUCAUAUGGACAUUUUGAAGUAACUGAAGCAUUAUUAAAACAUGGAGCAGCUGUUAAUGCAAGUGAUUUAUGGGCAUUUACACCACUUCAUGAAGGUGCUAGUAAAUCAAGAGCUGAAGUAUGUUCAUUAUUAUUAUCAGAAGGUGCUGAUCCAACACAACUUAAUUGUCAUAGUAAAAGUGCAAUUGAUGUUGCACCAACAUUGGAAUUACAAGAACGUUUAUCAUAUGAAUAUAAAGGACACUGCCUACUUGAUGCCUGCAGGCAGGCUGAUUUAACAAAAUUAAAAAAAUAUAUAACACCAGAAAUUAUUAAUUUUAAACAUCCAUAUACUGGUGAUACAGCAUUACAUUGUGCUGUAUCAUCAAUUUAUACAAAACGUAAACAAAUAAUUGAAACUUUAAUUAGAAAAAAUGCAUUAUUAAAUGAAAAAAAUAAAGAUUUUUUAACACCAUUACAUGUGGCAGCUGAUCAUUCGUACUAUGAUGCAAUGGAUUUAUUAUUAAGAAAUAAUGCACGUGUUAAUGGACUUGAUGGACUUGGACAAACAGCAUUACAUAGAUGUGCUAGAGAUGAUAAUGUACAAGGUGUUAGAAUAUUAUUAUCAUAUAAUAUUGAUCCAACAAUUGUAUCAUUACAAGGUUAUACAGCAGCACAACUUGCAACUGAAAAUAUAUUAAAAAUAUUACAAGAUCCACCAAGUGUUAGUGAAGAUUCAGAAAUUCAAUUAUUAGAAGCAAGUAAAUCUGGUGAUUUAACAGCUGUUGAAAGAAUAUUACAAGCAAAUCCACAUGCUGUUAAUUGUCGUGAUCUUGAUGGACGUCAUUCAACACCAUUACAUUUUGCUGCUGGUUAUAAUCGUGUACCAGUUGUUGAAUAUUUAUUAUUACAUGGAGCUGAUGUACAUGCUAAAGAUAAAGGUGGUCUUGUACCAUUACAUAAUGCAUGUUCAUAUGGUCAUUAUGAAGUUACUGAAUUAUUAGUUAAACAUGGUGCAUCAGUUAAUGUUGCUGAUUUAUGGAAAUUUACACCAUUACAUGAAGCAGCAGCAAAAGGUAAAUGUGAAAUUGUUAGAUUAUUAUUACGUCAUGGAGCUGAUGCAACAAAAAAAAAUCGUGAUGGUGCAACACCAUUAGAUUUAGUUAGAGAAGGUGAUCAAGAUGUUGCUGAUUUAUUAAGAGGUAAUUCAGCAUUAUUAGAUGCUGCUAAAAAAGGUAAUUUAGCAAGAGUACAAAGACUUGUUACACAAGAUAAUAUUAAUUGUCGUGAUGCACAAGGUAGAAAUAGUACACCACUUCAUCUUGCUGCUGGUUAUAAUAAUUUAGAAGUUGCUGAAUUUUUAUUAGAACGUGGAGCUGAUGUUAAUGCACAAGAUAAAGGUGGUUUAAUACCAUUACAUAAUGCAUCAUCAUAUGGACAUUUAGAUAUUGCUGCAUUAUUAAUUAAAUAUAAUACAGUUGUUAAUGCAACAGAUAAAUGGGGUUUUACACCAUUACAUGAAGCUGCACAAAAAGGUAGAACACAACUUUGUGCAUUAUUAUUGGCACAUGGUGCUGAUCCAUUUUUAAAAAAUCAAGAAGGACAAAGUCCAGUUGAUUUAGCAAGUGCUGAUGAUGUUAGAUGUUUAUUACAAGAUGCAAUGGCAUCACAACAAAUUGUACCAUCAGUAUCAUCAGUAACACCAACACCAUGUGGAUCAAUUAAUAUUACAAAUAAUUCAUCUAAUACAAGUAGACCACCAAGUAUUGUAUCUGUUCCAGUAACACCACCACCUGCAUUAACACAAGAAACUGUUAUAAUGCCAUCUGGUGCAUCAAUGACACUUUGUGUACCAGUUGCUAGACCAACAACAUGUCUUAGUCCAAUGCCAAAUUUAGAUAAUUCAUCUGAUCGUGAAAUUAAAGAUGGUGUUGAUGAUAGAACAUGCAAUAUAACAACUGUAUCUGGUUUCUUACAAAGUCUUGGACUUGAACAUCUUUUAGAAUUACUUGAACGUGAACAAAUAACAUUAGAUAUACUUGCAGAAAUGGGACAUGAAGAUUUAAAACAAGUUGGUGUUACUGCAUAUGGAUAUAGACAUAAACUUAUUAAAGGAAUGGAUAAAUUAUUAAGUUCAGCUGUUGGAUCAAUAUGGCAACCGUCUGUUAAUCCUGGUACAUUACUUGUUGAUUUACUUGCUGAUGAUAAAGAAUAUCUUGCUGUUGAAGAAGAAAUGCAAGGUACUAUUAGAGAACACAGAGAUAAUGGACAUUCUGGUGGAAUAUUUGAACGAUACAAUAUCGUUAGGAUACAAAAAGUACAGAAUAGAAAAUUAUGGGAACGUUAUGCACAUCGUCGUCAAGAAGUUGCUGAAGAAGUUUCAGCUGCUGGUCCACCAUCACCAAGUACUGUACCAAGAACAUCAUCAACAGUUAGUACACCACAAGCAAAUGAAAGAAUGUUAUUUCAUGGUUCAUCAUUUAUUAAUGCUAUUGUGCAAAAAGGAUUUGACGAAAGACAUGCAUAUAUUGGUGGUAUGUUUGGAGCUGGUAUUUAUUUUGCUGAACAUAGCAGUAAAAGUAAUCAAUAUGUUUAUGGAAUUUGUGGAGGAACUGGUUGUCCUGCACACAAAGAUCGUAGCUGUUAUAUUUGUCACAGACAUUUGUUGUUAUGUCGGGUAACACUUGGUAAAUCAUUUUUACAAUUUUCGGCAAUGAAAAUGGCACAUGCACCACCUGGACAUCAUAGUGUUAUGGGAAGACCAUCACAAGGUGGUCUUGCAUUUCCUGAAUAUGUUGUUUAUCGUGGUGAACAAGCAUAUCCAGAGUAUCUCAUAACUUAUCAAAUUGUCAGACCUCAACAAGAACCAGGUGGUAAUAGUGAGGGUAGUGAAGAACGGUGAUCCCAAGAGUCUGGUCCUGCGGCAACAUUGCGUCAAUUAUGUUGUUGUCAGAGGCCAAAAAUAUGGUAGUGUACACUCUUAAUUAUCAUUUCUCGUUUUUUUUUUUUUUUUGUUUUAAUACAAAAAAAAAAUCUUAAUUUUUCAUUUACAUGCAUCAACGUUAUCAUGUUUGUACUAUUUUUGUUUUUUUUUUAUCUAUAAAUAAGUGAUAAUUUAAUGAUGAUUUUAAUGGGUAUUUUAAGGAUAUUAAUGACUUUCCGGGGGAAAAAAAAAUUAAAAAAAAAUUAAAUUAAAUAUGUAUUAUAAUUGAUUAAUGAAGUUAUUAUAAAUAAUUUCUAUAAAGACAUUUGAGUGAAACAAAAAUAAAAAAAAAAUAAAAUAAUAAAAUUGAAUAGCCACGUGGGGGCAUCAUCAAUUUAAACAAUGCAUUUAUUACAGCUUUCUUGUAUAUCGAAAAGAAAAAGAAAAAAAAAAAAAUUAUUGCAAUUUAUUGAUGUUAUAGUUUACUCAUUUAUUAUUAUUUUUGAAUGAUUGUUUUUUUUUUAUCUCAUAUAUAAAUUAAUACCACAAUGUUACGUCACUUUGCUAAAUAAUAAAAAUUAAUAAUAGAAAAACAAAUAUGAAAAUGCGGAAAUAUUUAAUCAAUAUUAUUAUUAACGAUUGUGAUUGUAAAUGAG